AUGACCAGGCAAUCCACAUCCCUGCGAAUACCGCAUCCGCAAGACCGAGGUUGUUUCAUUGCAGGUGUUCUAGAGCAGACUGAAGAACAGCCCACAACGGAAGGUCGCCCCAUCGCUCUGGUGGGUCACAUUGAAAUGGCCUUUUUGGUGCACAAGGACUACCUCUACCAGAAGAGGCUGGCGCGUGAACUGCCCCUUGACUCGUUUCGGUUUGACUUCAGAGGCAACCACGAGACCCCCGGAACAUGGCGCGCAGGAGCCCUCGAUGAAGACGUCGAGGACCUCGCUGCCGUCGUCGCUUUUCUCCGAUCUCGCUAUGGCUACCGCAUAGCCUUUCUCGUCGGACACUCCCGCGGGUCGAUCGUCGGCUUCCGCUGGAUGUGCACCGCGGUCGAGGCCCAAGAGGUUGACGGCUUCGUCAACGUCUCGGGACGGUACCGGAUGGAGGUGCAAUCCCCCGCGGUGCAGGCCUGGAAGGAGGAGAUAGCAGAGAGGGGCUUCGCGGUGUGGCGGCCCGUGGUCGCGCGAAGGCAGCUCGCGCUGCGCGUGACGCCCUCCGACCUCGCCGCGUUCGUCGCGUUCGACACGAGCCUCGUGUGGAAGCGCUUCCCCGCGCGCGCGGACGUGCUGAGCGUGCACGGCCUCGCGGACGCGGCGGUCCCGCCGUAUGACGCCGUGAUCUAUGCGCGCGCUUUGGGCGGGCGAACGCCUGGGACGCAUACCCUGCACCUGAUGGAGGGCGCCGGACACAAUUUCGAGGGCCGGACGGAGGAGCUCGUGGGUGACAUCGUUUGCUGGUGGAACCCGAGAACCAGGGGCGGCCUGCGUGAUGGUGUCUGGGGUGGGCAGGGGAAGACUGAUGUUGCAUCGCGCCUGUAG